CCUUCCCUUGUAUAUAUCUUCAUCAAUAUAAAGGAAAGACCUUGGAAACUUAUAUAACUAUUCAAACCCUAGCUUCCUCCUUUGACCAAACCCAUUCUCUUCUCCACACAUAUUUAUUAUCAUAUAUCUGUGUUACUUAUAUAUAUUUAUAUAUAUAUAUAUAUAUAGCUUUUCUCUACCCAUCUAGUAUUUGGUUCUUCAUGUUAGAUGUAGAAAAACAUAUGUACUAGAUCAUAUACAAUAAAACCAAUAUAUAGAGCUGCUUUUGAUAUAUAUAUAUAUAUAUCAUGGAGAAAGCAGCUGGUGAUCACCACAGAUCCAAAAACUCCGGCUUCCUCCGCUUCCUCGCGAAGUCGACGUCGUUCUCGAUCCCCCGUCACCAUCUCUACAACCCCCCGCGCGAGAGGAGCUACUUCAACAAAGCCUUCUCGGGCCCGAUCGUGUCGAUAAUCCCCGCCGAGGCCCGGUACAAGGAGGAGAGAUCUACCGUCGACGGCGAAGAGCCCCUCUCCCCGAAGGUCUCGUGCAUCGGCCGGAUCAAGGGGAAGAAGAGGUCGUCCGAGCCCAAAAGGCCGCCACCGUCGUCGGUGCAACAACAACAACAACAACAACAAAAGAAGAAGAAGAAGAAGCAGCAUGCGUACUUUUCAUUCCGCGCAGGUAAGGCUGUAGAGGAGAGAGCUGACGAGAAGGGACGGCGGUCGGGGGCGGCGGUCGAGGGUGGCGGUGGCGCUCCGCGGAUAGGGGAGAUGAGGCGGUUCGCGAGCGGGAGGGAGACGAUCGCCGAUUUCGAUUGGAAGAAGGGGGAGAGUAGUGCAUAUGAUGAUCACGAGGUGAUUAUCGCGUACUCGGCGCCGUUGACGGUCGGCGGAGCCGAUUGGGCGGUGGCGCCGGAGCCGAGGAAGGAGGUGAAUAUAUGGAAGAGGAGGACCAUGGCCCCACCAAGGCCUCUUCAAGUGUGAAUGUACAUGUAUGAAUGGGUAUGAAUGGGUUGGAGAAACAUUAAUUUGUUUAUUCCUUUUUUUUUAUUUUUCAUGAAAUUGUUUUAGUAAUUUUUCUAUGCAUUAAUUUGUUGACCAUUUGAC